AGCACUUCCCGUUGUCGCAGGCUGAUGUUGAUACACGGAUGUGGAUCCACUGCGAACAUUUUUACGCUUUUUUCUCGCCAGCGGGGCUGCGAACCGUGAGAAAUGGAGCUGCUGGCCCCCAUGCGGCUCUACACCCUGUCGAAAAGACACUUCGUCCUGGUCUUUGUGGUCUUUCUGAUCUGCUUCGGCCUCACAGUCUUCAUUGGGAUUGCAGGUCCUAAAAUUAUUGCUGAAUACGAGCACGAUGGUGAUCUGUUGCUUGUAAAGAAUUUUUCCGUGAAGACGGGACCCUUCAAUUUAGUGUCUCCUCCUCUCACCACCUACAACCAGCAGCUGUGGCUCACCUGUGUGAUGCAAGCUCAGAACAGCCACAAGGGAGACUUCCAGCAGCCAUUUGAAAUCAACGUUGAGCUAAAAGGAGUGAUGCAGGACGCCAGCGUGAUGCACAUCAACAAAGUGCAGAAAUCACGGAUUCUCCACUGCGGGGCGAAAUGUGACGAGAUCAUUGUGCUGCAUCUGGGCUACCUGAACUACACCCAGUAUCAGGUCUCCGUCAGCUUCGAAAACAUCACGUAUGACAUUAAGGUUAAGUUUGUGUGGAAAACAUAUAAUCCGACGUUCUCUCAAGUGGAGAUCUGGUUCCGGUUCGUCUUUGUGGUGCUGACCUUCAUGGUGACGUGUAUGUUUGCUCAUUCGCUGAGGAAGUUUUCCAUGAGGGACUGGGGUAUAGAACAGAAGUGGAUGUCCAUUCUGCUGCCUUUGCUGUUGCUCUACAAUGAUCCGUUCUUCCCGCUGUCGUUCCUGGUGAACAGCUGGUUUCCGGGGACGCUGGAUGCUUUCUUCCAGGCUCUCUUCCUGUGCUCCCUGCUGCUCUUCUGGCUCUGCGUCUACCACGGCAUCAGGGUUCAGGGUGAGAGGAAAUUCCUGACGUUCUACCUGCCGAAGCUGGUCAUCGUGGGCCUCCUGUGGCUCUCAGCGGUGACACUCGGCAUAUGGCAGACGGUUAACGAACUCCAGGAUCCGACCUACCUGUACAAGGUGGACAUAGUCAACUUUCAGGGCAUGAAGGUCUUCUUCCUGAUUGUGGUCGCCUUCUACAUCCUCUACCUGAUAUUCCUGAUCGUCAGAGCUUGUUCUGAACUCAAGAACAUGCCUUACUCAGAUCUCCGACUGAAGUUCCUGACGGCGCUGACGUUUGUCGUCCUCGUGAUAAGCAUGGUCAUUCUCUACCUGAGGUUCGGUGCCAAGGCUCUUCAAGACAACUUUGUGGCUGAACUGUCCACCCAUUACCAAAACUCAGCUGAAUUUUUAUCCUUCUACGGCCUGCUCAACUUCUACUUGUACACAUUAGCGUUUGUGUAUUCUCCCUCCAAAAACGCCCUGUACGACUCCCAGCUGAAAGAUAACCCAGCGUUCUCCAUGCUGAACGACUCGGAUGACGAAGUGAUCUACGGGAGCGAUUACGAAGACAUGCCUUUACAAAACGGACGUGCCAUCAAAGCAACCGCCAAGUACCAGGAUGAGACAGACAGCGACUGACGUGUCUCCGUCCUCCUCCUCCUCCUCCGUGUCCACGGCGGAAGAACUUGUUGCAUCAAACCAUCGUGUGCAAACAGGAUGCACUGGCAUUGGUCGCAUACAACGAUAUACUGGAAGUGUACAUAAAUAUAUUUUUAAAAAGAUAAUUCCAUGUCUACUGAAUGUACUGUACUGUUGAAAGGUGAGGUAUGUAGCCACUCUUUUUUUGAUUUCUUAAUUAAAAACAAAGGAAACAAACUCUGAUGUGAACCACUGCAGGAUUUACCGUUUUGUAAACCAGAAUUUUUAUUUAUUCUUUUCAUAACCUGACAGUAAACAGUUCUCGGGGUGCGUGCUCAUGAUAACUUGGGAUUUAUUGGUGGAAUCAUCAUGUUUAAUGCUUUUAUGUUGAACCACUGUUUCUCUACUCGUUGUUGUUUGUGCCACUUCCUUUCUGCUCUCUGACAGUCUGGGAAUAAUGACAACUCAUUUUUCUGGCCAAAGCUGAGUAACGCACAGGAAUGGUAGAAAGUAGAAGAAGCUCAGAGUGGAACAGCUGCAGGUGAACCAACGACCUGGAUGUCCACCGCUCACACCACUCCUGAACAGGGUACGAGUUCAUAAAUCCAUCGUCCUCACACAUUUGAACAUACAGAGAGAGCCUUAACCCAAGUAGUCAACAGUCCUUUUGCGAGUUCUUUUUAUUUUUUUUGUAAGCUUUGUAAUUGCACUUUUCAAGAACUUUUAUUUUGCCAAAAAGUGACAGCAUUUGAUACGAUGAUCUGAACACAUGGAUGGAUGGAUUCUGAUCAGCUGCAUGUAUUUUCUCACAAAUUUAUGUUAUUUAACUACUGAGCUUAAACAUUUCCCAGCAUGCCUCAUUUUUCUUUUGCGGUCACUCAGAUUGCCGGCAGUGAGGGAAUCGCUGUCCUUUCUUUUGUUUUAUAAAACUGGAGCUCAUGGACAACAACAGCCAAAACAACUGUAUCUCUGUUCUCUACAAACAUGUAUUUUAAUCAAGACGGUGCCUUGUCUUCACUCUGUUUCUUCUAACCGGGCUGUAGUUUCACAUUUGUAAAUGCUAAACUGUUCGAUUCUUUCAGUGUGAAUGUAGCUGAUGUUGGUUUAAGGUGGUGAAAUGAGAUUGCUUUUGAAAUGUUUAAAGUAUCUGCAGAUUCUGUUGCUUUAUGAGAUAAAUGCUGUACAUGUAGCCGUCUCAUGUGGCGUGUAAAUAAAGCAAAGUAUAUACAGC